UUCUACUAGUUAGUACUAUUAGUACUAUUUGUAUUAUUGAAAAUAUUACUGCUAAUAUACACGAAUCAGACGUGCACGCUCACAUGGGCGCGCACUCGGCAUCAGCGAAUGAGUGACGUAGAGCUUAAUGUUAUUACGUCAGCGAAGGAGGCUCGUUGGAGGGGAAUCCCGGCGGGGGGGCGUGACCACCGGCUGUGCGUGUGCGUGUGCACGUACAGUGUGAGUUCACUCUGCUUCUGUCCGCCGCCGACACGUUAUUACACUCCGGAUAUCGAUUAUUGAUCGGCGUUUUCCCCGCUGAAGGAGCCUGAUGUUGGAUCAUCUUUGGACUCUUUGUGGAGCUGAAGCGCGUCUUCAGGAUGAGGAGCCGAUGAUCGAUACAGCCGCGCUGUGUGUUUAUUGAUCAGGGCCUCAGAUAUUGACCGUCACUAUCGAGCAGAAUCGUUUGGUUUUACAUCACAUUGUUUCUUCUCUGUUCAGACUUCUGUUCACUUUCAGUUUGUAACGUCACUUCUUUUCAGGAGUUUCAUCGACUUCGAAACGUUUUUUCACAGCUGCAGCUCAAUGCACGAGGUUUUUAUUUAUCGAUCAUGGCCUCAGUUAUUGAUUACCUGACGCUUCACCCGCAGGUGAGGCUGCAACAACAGUUUCAAUCUCAAACUUUGCUGCUUGGAAAUGUUUUUGUCUAACGGGAUCUUUGACAUUUUUAAACAUCAGCUUUGACUUUUUAAUCACUUUCCUGAACAUGGACGUCACAUUCCGGACAAAACCCUCUUUGGAGAGUUUGUGUUUUCUUCUUGGAAACGUUUGAUCAAUUGAUCGAUCAGCAGGAAAUAUAUAGCACGUUACUUGCUGAUGUCAUCAGGUGCUGUGCUCCUAUUGGAGGAUUUGUGGGUGUGGAGGUGACAGGCGGCGGCCUGCAGGGGGCGAUGGCCGUCUCGUACGACAGCCGGGACAUCGUAUUUGAUUACCUGCGGUACAAGCUGCUGCGGAGGGGCGUGGCCUGGCAGGCCCCGCCCCUGGAGCGGCCAAUAGGCUCUCAGCGCAGACGGCAUGAAGCUCCGUUGCCAUGGAGAUCUGAACAAGCGAGGGCGUGGUACCGAGGAGCAGAGGAAGAGGCCUCCCUGCCAGUUCUGUAUUUGGCCCCGCCCCCCCGGUUACGGGUCGCGCUGCGGUCUGCCGGUGACGAGCUGGAGAGGCAUUACCGUGGCGACCUGACGGCCCACGCGUCGGCGCUGCUGAUGCAUCGGGACGGCGGGUCGGCGCGGCGAAGCCUGGCGGCAGUCAGGGAGGAGCUGUUCAGGGAUGAGGUGAACUGGGGACGCAUCGUGGUGCUGAUGGAACUGGGCGGGGCUCUGAGCGCCGAGGUGGCGAACACCGAGGGGGCGUGGCAGGUGGAUGACAUCGCGGGGUGGAUGGCGGAGAGUCUGGAUUCGCCGCCUCUUCAGGGAUGGAUAGAAGAUAACGGAGGAUGGGAUGCCUUUGUGGAGUUGUAUGGUGAGUCCAGACCUCCGGUCAGUUUCUGGUCCCUGAGGAUGGUGUUUGGACUGGCUGUACUGGGAGCAGCUGGGAUCACGCUGGGAGCCCUGUUCACCCAGAAAUAAAUCCUCCUGGUUCGGGGUUCGGACUGAUCCAACCCGAACCAGUCCGAUCAGCUGCAGUUCCUCUAAUGUUCACUGGAUGCUGCUGUGAUCAAACUCUGACUGUAUUGAAGUGAAUGAGAAAACCCUCAACUUCUGUCUACAAAUACAGGGUCGGUUUUUACACAAGUUCAGUCUGAUGUCAGUCUGAGGGCAGGUUUCAGAAUCAUUGAUCCAAUAAGAAGAUGUUAUGGUCUUUGGUCACAGUCACUGCUUGCCCGACCAUCUUCGGCUCCACUUUGCAAAAAUUGGGAUUAUCUGUUCACAUCUACGACAUCACCAAACCUUUCAUUUUAAAAUCAUAGCGGUGAACUGUGGAGUAAGAGUGCAGAAGGUAAAAACUCAAAAUGUAAUGCGGACAAGUGCUACUUCUGUUUGAUGCAAACAGGUUGAUGGGCACUUUCAACAGCAACAAGAGAGAUGUUAGCCAAUUCUAGCACGGGAUUGGCUCACGAUGGGAUGGAUGUUGUUUCAGAUUUAAGUUCAAAGGUCUCACUGAGAUAGAUGUGGAGACCAGGAAACUGUUGGGAUGUCCACUGUCCAAGAAAAACAACCUACUUCCAGAGAGUUUUUAAAAAAAUGUUGUUUUAAAGCUCUAAAGGAAAAAAAACCUUGCAGGAAACAAAGAACGGCAUGAACUCUGCUGCAUAAUAUCCCUUUAUAGACUUUCUAAUUUCAUUUGAGUUGAGAAAUUCACUUCCACCCUCUUCUGUUGAUCAACUAUCAAAAUAUACAGAAAAAAUAAUGUUUAAAGUUCCAAACCCUUCAGAUUUCAGUCCUGGUUGAUUUGGCGUCACCUGGUGGUUAAGUGAUGGUAACAGCAGACAUGUUUCUCACUGAGCUGCCCCUUUGUCAGAAAUACAAGAGACAAACAGCAACUGGUGUUAUCUGUUUACAGAGCAGCCAAACAAUCUGAGUGCUGAAAGGACUCGUAUCACGAGUGUUUAAUAAAGGAGAAGAUUUUACACUUAAGCCUAAAUGUUCUGUUCUGGAUAUCUUUUGCUUGUAUGUGAUAUGUUGUUGCCUGUUUCUGUACAUUAUAAACUCAUCUUCUUUCUGUGUA